CUUCGUUGCUCUUUCAAGAAAAUUUGUACUAGUUUCUUUAUUUCAUCUUCUGUGCUUCAAGCAUGGAUGGAAAUAACAAGGUAAGAGCUUAUUAUUCUGAUCGAGAUCUCACCCUUCUCAUGGAAAGAGGAUCACAAUUCUUCUCUCAAGGCUACUAUGCUGAUGCUACUAAUUACUUCAGGCAUGCUCGUGAUGCCAGCAUUCAAAUUCAUGGUGAAUCUUCUUUAAAAUGCGCCAUUACCCGCUAUAGCCAUGGCCUUUCCUUGUUGUGCCAAGUUCCAGUUCCAGAAAAUGAUUCAAUGGCUUUUCUACCAAAGGAAGUCGAUUACUAUGAAGGAUCAGUACUUCCACUUCCUAGUUCUGCUUUCGGGACAUAUAGAGGAGUAAUGGAGGAGAAUUACGUAAGAAUUUUAGAGGUUGCGAAGGGAGAACUAAAUCUUGCAUGGUCGCUUAUGGAAUAUCGAAUAGACGACUACUUACUGAAAGGAAACGUACUGUCCGCCCUGGGGGAGGUUGCAUUCAGAAGAGGGGAGUCAAACCCUCAGCGUUACUAUUUCGAAGCAUCGUCCAUUUUCGAUUCUUGGCUUGGUGAAAACAAAUCUAGAUAUGUGAAACUAUUAAUCUGCCUGGAGGGUAGCGACGACAGUAAAGCCCAUGCACAGGGUUGUAAGGCUUAUUUAAUAUAUGAUGCUUUACACAAGAAGCUAUUAUCUGAAAUAGAUUCGGUGACACGGUUAGCAAAUGAGAGAAGAGGAUUAAGUUCUGUAACACUAACGGAUCCCUUUAUUCAGAUAAAGAAAGAUGAAGCCACACAGCUGCGUAGGAACUUACAAAAACUGGCUCACAAGGCAAGUUCUUAUGAGACACAUUCUCUAUUUGUACUCUUUACAGGACAACCUGGCUGCUCUUGGCCUUUCGACCUUUGUUGCUGGGUAGGGUGGCUUGCUCAGCUUCUGUUGGAGACUUUAUCUAGACAAGCCAUGGAUGGAAAUAACAGUGUAAGAGGUUAUUCUGAUCGAGAUCUCACCCGUCGCGUGGAGCUAGGAUCACUAUUCUUCACUCAAGGCAACUAUUCUGAUGCUGGUAGUUGCUUCAGGGAUGCUCGUGAUGCCAGCAUUCAAAUUCAUGGUGAAUCUUCUUUAGAAUGCGCCAUUACCAGCUAUAGCCAUGGCCUUUCCUUGCUGUGA